GCAAUUGCAAUUCGUGUGCGCCUGUAGCAUCAAGCACACAUUUUCGUGUAUAUAUGCAGCUUAUAAGCAUAUAUUUGCAGUCUGAAGAUGGUAUACAAUUUCUAGGGCUUCCUGACAAGAUUCACACCUUAUUUCGCUUGUUUAGCACGUGUUUGUUGAACAUAUGGCUAUCCUUUACCACAGUGGGAUGAUCGAUUGGAAAAAAGGAGUUCACUGGGUUUGUCAUCCUGUCCCUCUUCCUCUUUAGCAGCCAGUCACCCUCCCUCUUACCUAUCCGGCGACUUUGGUGCUUAUUUAUUCACAGGAUCCUCCCUUAUUCCAUCGUGACAGCGUUCCUGACGAUUUUUAUCCAAUCCAUCGGAUUUUGGACAGCAUGUAUUUCGUCCUUCUCCCUCAGUGAUGAAUGAUUUGUGUGAAAACACUGCUCGCGAUCCGCCGCCGCCGCUGUUGCUGUGAUGAUGGAGAGGCGGUGCGUGUCAGAGCGGGGCGGCUAGAGGCCCAGCAAAGCCCCGCGCUGGAUUUACAGCCCUGAACGACUGACUGAACACCAACAGCGGAUUACCUCACAACAACUCGUCGGUACAUACCCAUAUUAGCUAUACACAUAAACUAUAAUUCAGUGAAUCUGAAGAGAAGUUCUAAAUCAAGCAGAUCAGAUAGAGGUCUGAACUAUGAUGGACAUUUACUUUUACAAGUGGCCCUAACAUCACACAAGGAGAAACAGAGGUUGGAGAUUUUUUUUUCCUAUUGAAGAUUGUGAGGACUUUACAUCAUGCCUCCAAGACCCUCCUCGGGAGAACUAUGGGGCAUCCAUUUGAUGCCCCCCAGGAUUCUGGUGGACUGUCUACUGCCCAAUGGCAUGAUCCUGACACUAGAGUGCCUCCGGGAGGCCACUCUCAUCACAAUCAAACAUGAACUGUUUAAGGAGGCUAGGAAGUACCCCCUCCACCACCUGCUGCAGGAAGAGACCUCCUAUAUUUUCGUCAGUGUAACGCAAGAGGCAGAGCGUGAGGAGUUCUACGAUGAGACGAGAAGACUUUGCGACCUUCGGCUAUUCCAGCCCUUCCUAAAGGUCAUAGAACCUGUAGGGAACAGAGAGGAAAAAAUCCUCAACAGAGAAAUCGGUUUUGCCAUCGGCAUGCCGGUGUGCGAGUUUGAUUUAGUGAAGGAUCCUGAGGUGCAGGAUUUUAGGAGAAAUAUUCUUAAUGUCUGCAAAGACUCAGUAGAGCUGCGAGAUGUCAGUGGGCCACACAGUCGAGCGCUAUACGUUUAUCCUCCUAACGUGGAGUCUUCACCAGAGCUUCCAAAGCAUAUAUAUGGCAAAUUAGACAAAGGUCAAAUCAUUGUGGUUAUCUGGGUGAUUGUCUCUCCCAACAACGACAAGCAAAAGUACACGCUUAAGAUCAAUCACGACUGCGUACCUGAGCAGGUGAUCGCCGAAGCCAUCAGGAAGAAGACAAGGAGCAUGCUGCUGUCAGCCGAGCAGCUAAAGAUGUGCGUGCAAGAAUAUCAGGGCAAAUACAUCCUGAAAGUCUGUGGCUGUGACGAGUAUCUGUUGGAAAAGUACCCCAUCAGUCAGUACAAGUAUGUACGGAGUUGCAUUAUGCUGGGUCGGUUGCCAAACCUCAUGCUUAUGUCCAAGGACAGUCUUUACUCUCAGCUGCCUAUGGACAACUUCACCAUGCCCUCCUACGCCCGCCGGAUCUCCACCGCCACGCCUUACAUGAACGGAGAGGCCUCCACCAAAUCACUCUGGACCAUUAACAGUACACUAAGGAUACGGGUCCUCUGCGCCACAUACGUUAAUGUGAAUAUUCGGGACAUUGACAAGAUUUAUGUGCGGACAGGGAUCUACCAUGGUGGAGAACAGUUGUGUGAUAAUGUCAACACACAGCGUGUGCCGUGUUCAAACCCAAGGUGGAACGAGUGGCUGACCUAUGACAUGUACAUUCCCGACAUACCGCGGGCGGCUCGCCUCUGUCUCUCCAUCUGCUCUGUGAAAGGAAGGAAGGGGGCAAAAGAGGAGCACUGUCCACUGGCCUGGGGAAAUGUCAACCUGUUUGACUACACACACACACUGGUCUCAGGAAAGAUGGCACUGAACCUGUGGCCAGUACCACACGGCCUAGAAGACCUCCUCAACCCCAUUGGGGUCACAGGCUCUAACCCUAAUAAGGAAACCCCAUGUCUAGAGCUGGAGUUUGACCACUUCAGUUCUCCAGUUAAGUUCCCUGACAUGGCCACGAUUGAGGAUCACGCUAACUGGAUAAUAUCCAGGGAGAUGGGAUACAAUUACUGCCAGUCUGGACAGAGCAGCAGACUGGCCCGAGACCAUGCCAUGACGGAGACAGAUAUAGAGCAACUUCGUCAGCUGAGCAACAGGGACCCGCUUUCUGAGAUCACUGAGCAGGAAAAAGACUUCUUAUGGAGACACAGGCAGUAUUGUGUAAAUAUUCCAGAAGUCCUGCCAAAGAUUCUCCUGGCAGUGAAAUGGAAUUCCAGGGAUGAAGUUGCACAGAUGUAUUGUCUUCUUAAAGACUGGCCCGCAAUAAAGCCGGAACAAGCCAUGGAGUUGCUUGACUGUAACUAUCCUGAUCCAAUGAUCCGAGACUUUGCAGUUCGGUGCCUUGAGAAGUAUCUGACUGAUGACAAACUCUCGCAGUACCUCAUUCAGCUGGUUCAGGUUUUGAAGUAUGAGCAGUAUCUUGAUAACCCACUGGUGAGAUUUCUGCUGAAAAAAGCUCUUACCAAUCAGAGGAUUGGGCACUUCUUCUUUUGGCAUUUGAAGUCAGAAAUGCACAAUAAAACCGUGAGUCAGCGGUUUGGUCUGCUGUUGGAGUCGUACUGUCGGGCAUGUGGCAUGUACCUGAAACACCUGAGCAGACAGGUGGAAGCCAUGGAGAAGCUCAUCAACCUCACAGACAUUCUCAAACAGGAGAAGAAGGAUGAAACUCAGAAGGUGCAAAUGAAGUUCCUGGUGGAGCAGAUGAGGCGACCGGACUACAUGGAUGCACUCCAAAAUUUCACCUCUCCACUCAACCCUGCCCACCAGCUGGGUAACCUACGACUUGAAGACUGCAGAAUCAUGUCCUCUGCCAAGAGACCGCUCUGGCUGAACUGGGAAAAUCCUGACAUCAUGUCCGAACUUCUCUUCCAAAACAAUGAGAUCAUCUUCAAAAACGGGGAUGACCUGCGGCAAGACAUGUUGACACUUCAGAUCAUCAGAAUAAUGGAGAACAUUUGGCAAAAUCAGGGGCUGGACUUGAGAAUGCUCCCCUAUGGCUGCUUGUCUAUUGGAGACUGCGUGGGUCUCAUCGAGGUCGUGAGAAGUUCCCACACCAUCAUGCAGAUUCAGUGUAAAGGAGGUCUAAAAGGGGCACUGCAGUUUAACAGUUCAACACUGCAUCAGUGGCUAAAGGACAAGAACAAGGGCGAGAUGUACGACAUGGCCAUCGACUUGUUUACGCGAUCCUGCGCUGGCUAUUGUGUGGCCACUUUCAUUCUGGGCAUCGGUGACAGACACAACAGUAACAUCAUGGUGAAGGAUGAUGGGCAGCUGUUUCAUAUAGAUUUUGGUCACUUUUUGGACCACAAGAAGAAGAAGUUUGGCUAUAAGCGAGAGCGAGUGCCGUUCGUCUUAACUCAAGACUUCUUAAUUGUGAUCAGCAAAGGAGGAACCCAAGAGUGCACUAAAACCAGAGAGUUUGAGAGGUUCCAGGAGAUGUGCUACAAGGCUUACUUGGCUAUCAGACAGCAUGCCAACCUUUUCAUAAAUCUCUUCUCCAUGAUGCUGGGCUCAGGCAUGCCAGAGCUGCAGUCCUUUGAUGACAUCGCUUACAUCCGAAAAACUCUGGCGCUGGACAAAACGGAGCAGGAGGCUCUAGACUAUUUCAUGAAGCAAAUGAAUGACGCUCACCAUGGUGGAUGGACCACAAAGAUGGACUGGAUCUUUCACACCAUCCGACACCAUGCCCAAAACUGAGCCCACACAGAUCCCAGCCCACUGGUGGAAUUUGGGGCCGGAUAACAGGCAGAAACAAGACCCUUUUUGUAAGACGCAUUGCCUGAUUUAUGCCAUGGAGAAUCAUAGCACCCAAACCUCAUGUACAAAUGACCUUCAGAGCACUAAAACAACCUGGAAGGACAUCUUUUUGUGUCCUCUUGUUUAUUAUUCUUUUCCCUGUGUGAGGCAUCUCUUGCCCAUCAUCGUCCGGAGUGGUUGUAUGUUAUAGCUGUAGUUUUGUCCAAGUUUUUUUUUUCUCUCCACAUUG